GGCCCGCGGGGGUGUGGAGGCGCCGACGUGGGUGAAGGCGCCGCCCUCCAAGCUGUGGUUCGUUUCCUCCGCGGGGGGCUCCGUCACCUGCCAAGCGCGAGGGUCACCGCCCCCCACCGUGGUCUGGGUAGGGCAGGACGGAACCCCGGUCACUCCUAUCCCCAGCCUGAGAGAGGUCCACUUGAAUGGCACCCUCCAGUUCUUGCCGUUCGCCAGUGAUAUGUUCCGCGCCAGUGUCCAUGCCGCCGCUUACCACUGCCGCGCCUCCUCCCCCGCAGGCACCGUGCUCUCCAGGGACACCCACGUGCGCGCAGUGGUGGAGCAGUACUGGGAGGUGCAGGUGUACAACCAAUAUGUGCUGGAAGGCAAUACCGCGGUGCUCCAGUGCAAAGUUCCAUCCUUCGUCAGGGACUUCGUCAGCAUCACCUCGUGGACGCAGGGACACACCAAUUACUACCCCACGCAUAACGCAGACGGCCGCAUUCAGAUGGUCUCGUCCGGGCAGCUGGUGGUGAGGGGCGUGCGCUCUCUCGACACCCAGCUGGCCUUCAGGUGCCGCGCCGUUCACACCCUCACCGGCGCCACCCACGAGUCACCCAACCCCGCCAGGAUCUACGUCACGGAUACCAGGAGUGAGUCGGCGCCCAGGAUACCCGAGAUGGAGUCCUUGGUGAGGGUACAGCGAGGGACGACAGCCACCCUACUAUGCCCCGCUCAAGGCCAUCCCGCCCCCUCCAUCACGUGGUUCAAGCAGUCCAACGGUGUGGAGGUGCCGAUGGGGGGCGGUGGGGUGAGGGGGGGAGGUGUUGGGCUGCAGGGGGGCGGUGGGGGGGGCAGGGUGAGGUUGGCGGGGGCGGUGCUCACCCUGCUCGCCACGGAGGACCAGGACGCCAGCACGUACAGGUGUUAUGCCAAUAAUACCGAGGGAGUGGCCGUGCUGCAGGUCACCCUGGAGGUCAUGUCAGCCUUGUCAGCGAGGGUCACGCCGCCCGGUCUUGUGGUGGAUGCUGGCGCGGCUGCCCAGUUCACCUGCGUCAUCUCAGGAUCCCCGGUGAAGCAGGUAACGUGGCUCAAGGAUGGCGUGUCGCUCCGUUCUGGGCCGCGGGUGAGGAUGUCGGGCGCGCGGGGUCGGUCGCUGCGGGUGGCUGGCGUGGGUGCGGGCGACGCGGGCGUGUAUCAGUGCCGCGCUCAGGGCCACCACGACUCGGCUCUGGGCACGGCGGUCCUGUCCCUGGGUGACACCCUGCCAGUUCUCAAGUACAGGUUUAUCGAGCAGACCCUUCAGCCAGGCCCGUCCGUGAGUCUAAAGUGCAUCGCUACGGGCAACCCCACGCCGUCUGUCUCCUGGACGCUCGAUGGCUUCCCCGUCAGGCACUCAGACAGGUUGGUGUUAGGCCAGUACGUCAGCGUGGAUGGCGACGUCAUAUCCCACGUCAACAUCAGCUCCGUGUCGGCCCUGGACGGAGGACUCUACCGCUGUGCCGCUUCCAACGUCCUGGGCACCACCUCCCACGCCGCCAGACUCAACGUAUACGGUGUCCCCGUGGUGAGGCCCAUGGGUGACGUAACGGCCGUGGCGGGGGAGCAACUUGUCCUUACCUGUCCCGUCGGCGGCUAUCCCAUUCACACUCGCUCCUGGUACAAAGAGGGCAAGCAACUCCCCCUCAGCGUGCGUCAGGUGGUACACACGAACGGGUCCCUGGUGGUGAAGAACGUGCAGAAAGGGAGUGACGACGGCCGGUACUCCUGCGCCGCGGCCUCGAACAGCGGUGAACAAAGCAGCCAAAGUGUGCGGGUCAAAGUGCUGGUACCGCCCAGGAUCGCGCCGUUCACCUUCAGGAAGAACGCACCUGAGGGGAUACGCGUCCAGGUGAGCUGCGUGCUGGAGGAGGUGGACUUGCCUGUCUCCAUCACCUGGCUCAAGGAUGGCCAGGAGCUCUCCUCCACGCACCCCGUCCACCACAUCCACUCGGGCGCCGCCUCCUCGUAUCUCGGGCUGGAGGUGCGGAUGCUGGAUAAGUACUCGAGUGGGCUGGUCAUUCCCCGCCUCCAAGCCGCCCACGCUGGAAACUACACUUGCCAAGCCACGAACGCCGCCCGGACUGCCUCACACACCGCCACCCUCGCCGUCAGUGUGCCUCCGCGGUGGGUGUCUGAGCCGAUGGACCAGAGUGUGGAGCGAGGUGGAGACGCCGUCAUCCACUGCAAGACAGAAGGGUUCCCGCCGCCCAAGGUUGUGUGGAGGAAGGAGGCGCAGGGGCCAGUGUCGGGGCGGUACCGUGACCUGCUGGGGGGUGCGGGGGUGCAGCAGCUGGCCAACGGGACCCUUGUGUUGAGUCACGUAACCAAGGAGGCGGAGGGGCGGUAUCUGUGCGAGGCGACAAACGGCAUCGGCGCAGGACAGAGCAAGGUUGUGCGGCUCACUGUCAAUGCUCCGCCCCGUUUCACCUCCCGCAACGCCAACGUCAGCGUGGGCACCGGGGGUCACGCCGUCCUACGCUGCCCCAUCACGGGAGACCAACCCAUGACUCUCUCGUGGCUCAAGGACGGGAAUCGCAUCACGCAGAAGGAGUUUUAUAGGUACGAGGUCCGAGAGAGCAGCGUGGGCGUGGGCGUGGGCGGGGAACAGGAGCGCGUGCUGGAGCUGGUGGUGACGGGUGCGACGCGGGAGGACGGCGGCCACUACGUCUGUACGGCCGAGAACGCGCACGGCCACGCCUCCAGCACCGUGACCUUACUCGUGCAGGAGCCGCCUGACCUGCCCCGCUCCCUGCAUGUCCUGGAGAAGACGUCCCGCUCGGUGAGGUUGGCAUGGGAGGCACCUCAGGACGGCAACUCCCCCAUCACCAAGUACACACUCAAGUACACACGCCUCGGAGACUGGCAACAGCAGCAGACACCACAGCAAAACCAGCAGCAGACUCAGCAGCAGACUCAGCAGGGAGGAGGAGGAGAAGCAGGAGGAUCAGGUGGAGGAGGAGGGGGGCCGAUGGAGCCUACUCAGGAGAUGGCAGUGAGGGGCGAGGAAACAGAGGCUAGUGUUGAGGGUCUCGCGCCAGCCACUCAGUACUUGUUCACCCUCCAUGCCCACAAUGCCAUGGGUCCCUCCAAGCCCUCUGAGCCGCUCCAGGUCACCACAGAGGCCGAGGCACCUGGUGGGCCCCCAACACAGGUAGAGGUGCGGGCCGCCUCGUCAACAGGUGUGCGGGUCACCUGGGCGCCACCUGACCCCUCGCUGCGACAUGGGAGGGUCCUGGCUUACUAUAUCUCCUAUGGCACGCUGGGGUCUUCCAGCGAUCAACACAAAAUCAUCACCGUGGAAUCGGACUCGUGGAACACACAACCAUCCUCUCCUUCCUCCGCUCCCACCUCCUCAUCCUCCUCUUCCUCCUCCUCCUCCUCCUCGGCUGCCUCCCCCUCCUGCUGUUCCGCCCUCAUCACCGACCUGGAACCCUAUACACAAUACAGCGUUCAGGUCCAAGCAGUUAAUUCCCAAGGUUCAGGUCCGCCAAGCACACCUGUCACUGCGGCUACCUUAGAGGACGUGCCCGCCCUGGCCCCUUCUGGAGUCCGCUGUACCCCCAUGACCGCCCACAGCGUCCUCGUGUCCUGGGAGGGCCUGGCACCUGUCCAUGCUCGGGGUCACCUCACGGGCUACAGGGUCCUCUAUGCCCCUGCCGAUAGAGGUGAGAGCAGAGGGGCCGAGGUGAGCCGGGAAACUUCCUCGGCUAGCAGCGUUCCCCUACGAGGUCUACGCCCCUACACUAACUACUCCAUACAGGUAGCGGGCCUUACGCAAGUGGGGGAGGGACCGGCCAGCGACCCCCACUACUGCACCACAGAGGAGGACGUUCCCGGUCCGCCUGCAGGAGUGAAGGUGGCUGUGGUGCGCCCGGAGACUGUGGUGGUGUCCUGGCUGCCCCCAGUGAACAGCAACGGGCGCCUUCUCACCUACUUCAUCACACUCAGGGGCCGGGAAGUCAAGCGGUCAGUGGUCCGCGCCCCCACCACGAGACAUGAGGUAGCGCUGCCGUCGGGGUCAGGGAAGAUCCAGGUGACGGUGGCAGCCAGCACGCGGAUAGGUGAAGGCCAGCCGUCCCCACCCAUCACCCUCAACCCCUCCAGUAAAGUUCCAGCCCGCGUGGUGUCCUGGGGGGGUACGACACGCGUCCACUGGGAGGAGGAUGUGUCACUGCGCUGCGAGACGGUGGGUGAGCCGCCCCCCACCAGGGUGUGGCUCAGGGACGGGGCGCCAAUUGGGGACGGCACGCAUAAGCGCGUCUCCAGCUACCCCGACGGAACGCUGGUUUUGCGUGAUGUGCGUCGAGAGGACUCAGGGAACUACACGUGCCAAGUGACCAACCCCCACGGCGACGACCACAUCACCUACGCCCUCACUGUGCAGGUGCCCCCGUCACCCCCACACAUCCACGUGACAAGGACAGGCCCCACCACCCUCACGGUCACCUGGCGUACUGGGGAUGAUGGUGGCGCACCGCUGCUGGGCCUGACGGUGUCCUACAAACGGGACUAUGGGGAGUGGCAGGAGGAGACGGUGCCCCCCACACAGACGUCUCAUGAGCUCCGGGGUCUAGCCUGCGGAAGCCCCUAUGACCUCUAUGUGACGGCGUACAACAAGGUUGGUGAUGGGCGACCCUCAGAGAGUCUCCGCACCAGGACAGCGGGGUCACCUCCUCUGGCGGGGCGGCGCGACGGGGCCGUUCGCGCCAACACCACGUGGGCGGCUGUCACGUUGGCCCACUGGGGGGAUGGCGGCUGCCCCAUUAGCCACUACAGCGUGGUCUACAGGAGGGCAACGGCGGCCUCAUGGAUUGUGGUGUCGGAGCGCGUGGAGGGGGGCCGGCCGGUUGAGCUUGGAGGCCUGACACCCGCCACUCACUACCUGGUUAGGGUGAGCGCCCACAACGCAGCAGGAACCACCACACAAGACUACCCCUUCACGACCUCGCCCACGCCAGGAGGUCCCUCCUCCCCCGGGC